AUGGAAACAGACGGUGGUGGAUGGACGGUUUUCCAGCGGCGGAUGGACGGCAGUGUUGAUUUCUAUUUGGACUUUGCAAGCUACAGCCGUGGCUUUGGGAGUCUAGAGGGAGAGUUUUGGCUCGGCAACGACAACUUGCACAGUCUGACCGCUCAGGGCGAGUAUGAACUCCGCGUCGAUCUCUCAGAUUUCGAGAGCGAAUCCGCGUAUGCGGUCUAUGACUCGUUCUGGAUCGCUGAUGCGAGUGAACAAUACAGGCUGAGAGUAGGAACUUACUCUGGAACCGCAGGUAAUAAAUCAGUACCAUUCCCAUAA